UAAUAAUUCAUAACUACUCUCAAUGGUCUCAUAAGAAGAUCAACUUGUUAUUUUAUUUUAUCUAUAACAUUUCUUAAUUAUAUAUCACACGUCCAAAUAUAAUUCUAGAAAUAGAAUAUGGUUAGCUCAAGUUGGAACCCCUUCCUAUUUUCUUCUUUUUUUGGAAUUCUCAUUCUUUCCCUUCCUUGUUUCUCUGAGAAAGCCCCAUAUUCCACGUUUGCAAGAGAUGCUACGUCAUCACCAAAGGUUAUUUCGUUCGAUUACAUCAUAAUAGGAGGAGGAACUGCUGGUUGUGCAUUAGCAGCAACACUCUCACAAUCCUUCCAUGUUCUGUUAUUAGAAAGAGGUGACUUACCCUAUGGAAACCCAAACAUUAACGGUUUCUCAAGCAACUUAGCCAACAUUUCUCCGUCAUCUCCCUCGCAACUUUUCAUCUCUACAGACGGUGUAUUCAACCACCGUGCUCGCGUCUUAGGUGGUGGUUCAGCUAUUAAUGCAGGGUUCUUUACGAGGGCGAGUGAUGAGUACGUUAAGAAAGUGGGAUGGAAUGACAAGUUAGUGAGAGAUUCGUAUGAAUGGGUGGAAAAGAAAGUGGCGUUUGAGCCACAAGUAAAGCAGUGGCAAUCUGCUGUGAAGAAUGGUUUGUUAGAAGUGGGAGUGAAACCGGAUAAUGGUUUUACGUAUCAACAUUUAUAUGGGACUAAAGUUGGUGGAAGUAUAUUUGAUUCACAAGGACAGAGACAUACUGCUGCGGAUUUGUUGGAGUAUGCUAAUCCUACCAAAAUUACUCUGCUUUUAAAUGCCACUGUCCAACAAAUCAUGUUCAAACCAGCAGGUGGAGGAAUGAAGCCAAGAGCUAAUGGAGUUCGUUUUCAAGAUUCACAAGGUAAUAGUCACUUGGCCUAUUUGAAAGAAGGAUCCAUGAAUGAGGUGCUCUUGUCAGCUGGAGCAUUAGGAAGCCCACAAAUGUUAAUGUUGAGUGGUAUUGGGCCAGCAGAACAACUAAAGGCCCAUGGUAUCUCUGUGUUAUUAGAUCAACCCAUGGUUGGUAUGGGUAUGUCUGAUAACCCAAUGAAUGCUGUCAUUAUUCCUUCUCCUAAACCUCUUGAAGUUUCCCUCAUUCAAGUUGUUGGUAUUACUGAGUUUGAAAGUUACAUUGAAGCUUCGAGUGGGCCUUUGGAGUUGGAUUGGUUACGCACAAUGGCCAAUAAUUUUGCAAGGAUAGCCAAUCAGAGUCUGGACCCAUCUGUGAUCAACCGAGGCAUUCUAAACACCCCAAUACAAGCAGGUGUAAUCCUAGACAAACUUGCAGGACCAUUUUCAAGUGGUUUUCUUCAACUUAGUAGCAAAGAUCCAAAUGUAAAUCCACUAGUAACAUUCAACUACUUCAAAGAUCCGAGAGACCUACAAAGAUGUGUACAGGGCAUGAGAACAAUAGCAGAGGUUAUAGAAUCAACAUCUUUAUUCGAUUUUAAAUACCCUUUUACAACAGCACAAUCUUUAUUUAAUACAAUGUUAACUUUUCCACUCAAUUUGCGACCAAGGCAUUUGAGUGCCUCUGUUUCUUUAGAACAAUUUUGUAUUGACACUGUAGUCACCAUAUGGCAUUACCAUGGAGGUUGUCAAGUUGGGAAAGUGGUUGAUAGAGAUUAUAAAGUUGUUGGAAUUGAUGGAUUGAGAGUUAUUGAUGGAUCUACAUUUAUUGACUCACCUGGCACUAAUCCUCAAGCCACUGUCAUGAUGCUUGGAAGGUACAUGGGGAUGAAGAUUUUGAGAGAGAGGCUUGUUGGUGCAAGGAACUAAAACAUGUCAUUUCGCAUUUUAUUUGGGGAAUAAAAAUGUGGAAUUUACAUUUGACUAAAUUUAAUAAAAGGGAAGGGUCAUUAUUGUUUCUCUACUCCUGAAACAAAGUCAUAUUUACCUUUUUUUAUAUAUAGUAUCAUUCAAUUUUUAGCA